AUGCGACUGCUGCUCUUCGCUUUGGUACCAGCUCCGCUUUUUGCGCAACCGCCUGGCUGGGCAGUCGGCUGGGGUGGUCUGGACCCGGCAAACGCGGACUCCGCAGGAAACCUGCGAGAGGAGCGUGAUGAGGCGCGGGCCCAACUGGCACGCUGCCUACAGGGCGAGGAUGCGGCCCUCAAGGGUACAAAAAAGUGGCCUUUCAGGACGCGACCGGAGACACCGUUGUGGCCCUUCCUGCUGGGUGGCAUCAGCUUGGUUCUGUUAGGUGCGGUUUGCCUGUGGCAGACGCGACGCCCGCCAGAUGCUCCAGGUGGCAAGUUUCUCAGCAUAGAGCCAGACCUCCGAGUCCCUCUCCGAGGCAGAAGACAGGCGGCACAGACUGCGCAAGCAGAGAUGCAACAUGCUGGCUCUUGGGCAGCGGCCCUGUGCGGGAGGCCUGUGGUGCUGGUGCGAGCGCUGUGCAGCCGCGUGUCGACGAGGUGCCGUCCGAGCGAGGUACUCAAAGCCUGCAGGCGGAAAGCCUCGAGGCUCGUGCCAAACAUGCCUGGGACCAUUCAAAACUGCCAAUGCAGUGGGAGGAUUGGUGACAUCGCAAAGCUGGGCUUUGCAGCUCCAGCGAGGGCGCUGGUCUCCGGAUGCUCGAGUUGUGCAGCAAAGAUGAGGAAGACAUUGCGCGGGUUUUGGAGAAGUGAUGACUGGGAUCUUGAUGAAGAGCCCGGGUUGGAAACGCCGGUUCUUUGGCGCCAAAGAGCACAGUCCGCACGGCAAGCCCUGCAGAAGGCCCAGGCGCAGCUGGAGCGCUGCUUGGCGGAGGCCGCGCAGCGCGUCGAGGAGACCCGGAAGAAGGCCGAGCUGGCCGAGGCAGAGAAUGCUCGCUUGGUGAAGCAGAUGGCAGAGUGGAAGCUUCGGGCCGAAGCUGCCGAGCAGCUUGCGCGAAAAUCGCGAGGGGAGGUGGAGGAGUUGAAGGCUUCCUUCAAGAAGGCCGAAGAGACGGCCAGCAAAGCCAGGCAGGAGCUGCAAAGCGCGCGGCGUCGUGCCGAGGUGGCCGAGACGAUCGCUGCACGCACGUCGCGCGUGCGAGAUGUGCGAGGCGAGCGAGAGUCCCAGGAGGAUCGCAGCACAUCUCGCACCCGCAAGCUGGAUCUGGAGGCUGGAUCCCAACCUGGGACUCCACAUGCCUCACCCUCACCACGUCCUUCGCUGACAAAGGCAUCAUCGCCCAGCAUUUCAACAAAGGCCGGCUCUCAGCCGGGCACCCCACGGCAAUCUGCUCAGGAUCAGCCGGUGCGAGCAGCGCGGCGGCCGACGGCCAAGGCGCGUGCGGCACGGCUGCUCACUGCAGGAAGCUCCACGAGCAGCUUGGGUUUAGGGCCAAUCAGCCUGGAGGACGCCACGAAGGAGUUCCACCGGUCGAGUUCAGGUCCAGCUGGCACUCAGGCUACAGGUAGAGACGAGAAGACCGCCUCUCACGAGUUCAGUUACAACCGUGCCUUGGCCAUGCUGAAAUUCGCGGAGACUCGAGCAGGUGGCUCUGGCGUGCCCAGUGCCACGAGUUCCAUGCAGAGUUUGCCAGGGCGAGUGGAGGAGACCUUGCAGGGCCUGGCUCCAGUGAAGAGCUCCAAGAGCGGUAGCUCAGCACAGCGCUUCAUGCGUGUUCCUCGUCUGUCGUCCGAUGGAGGCGGUGGUUAG